GAGCGCAGCCCGUGAACUCGCGGCCUUCUCAGUCCUAGUCCACGAGCUCCGCGGCGAGGGUCCGAUGUCGUUUCAGCCCGAGGGCAGGGAUCCGCUCGAGCACACCAGUCUUUAUCAGCGUGCCGACAGCGAGGACAGCGACGCGGAGGGAGGACUGGGUAACGUCAACAAGCUGGUGAUCCGACCUCCCGGACACAGCGGAAAAGCCAAAAAGGGUCACCUCUGCUUCGACGCGUCCUUCGAGACGGGAAACUUGGGUCGCGUCGACCUGGUCUCGGAGUUCGAGUACGACCUGUUCAUCCGACCCGACACCUGCAGCCCACGGCUCAGGCUCUGGUUCAACUUCACGGUCGACAAUGUCCGUUUGGACCAGCGGGUCAUCUUCAAUAUCGUCAACAUCUCCAAGAGCAAGAAUCUCUUCAGAGAUGGCAUGACUCCGCUGGUGAGGAGCACCAGUCGACCCAAGUGGCAGAGGCUGCCGCUCAAGCAGGUCUUCUACUACAAGUCAGCGCAGCACCAGGACCACUAUGUGCUCAGCUUCGCUUUUGCCUUCGACCGCGAGGAUGAGCUGUACCAGUUCGCUCUGACUUAUCCCUACUCGUACACUAGACAUUUGGGCCACUUGGACAAUCUGAGGAUUAAGUCGCCGGCGGUGAAGCGCGAAACGCUGGCCAGCUCGAUUCAGAAGCGGAAGGUCGAGCUGCUGACGAUAACGACGGAGGACUCGAGGACGAGCGCGAACUCGUCGAGUCCCAACGAGCCGGCGGAACAGCAGCGAUCGCGUCGAGCAGUCGUGAUAUUCGGACGAGUUCAUCCCGGAGAGUCGCCCUCGUCCUUCGUUUGCCAGGGUCUUCUCGACUUUCUCGUCAGCGCUCAUCCCAUAGCCAAGGUUCUGCGGGAUUACGUCGUCUUCAAGGUCGUGCCUAUGCUGAAUCCUGACGGGGUGUACCUCGGGAACUACCGAUCCACGCUGUUGGGAAUGGACCUGAAUCGCUCUUGGAACAGGAUCUCCGAUUGGAUCCAUCCGACGUUAAGCGCCGCUAAAACUCUGCUGGAAUCGCUCGACAAAGAUCCGAACGUCCCGCUGGAUUGCGUACUCGAUCUCCACGCGCACACGAACGCCACCGGGGUUUUCGUCUACGGGAACACCUACGACGACGUGUACAGGUACGAGCGUCACAUAGUCCUGCCGAAGCUAUUGGCCCAACUGGCCGAGGAUUACGAGCCGAGCAACACGAUGUACAACCAAGACGCUCAUAAGGAGGGAACCGCGAGACGAUACCUCUGCUCGAUAUUAAGCGAAGCCGUUAACUGCUAUACGCUGCACGUAUCCAUGCACGGCUACACGCGCAAGGGGACCACCGAGAUUCUGCCCUACACCGAGGAGAGCUGUAUCCUCUUGAAAAUUCGUUCGAACAAAUCAAUCGUGUGAAUUUAUCUCUCUAAUUGGAUCGGGGCCGUAGGUAUAGCCUUAACA